AUGGCCGACAACAUGAGCAGCAGGAUGAGCACCAUGAGCUUCGAGGAUGCUCCUGUGCCCCUCUCGCGAAGAUGCUCCAAGUGCAACGUUCUCUUCGACACGCUCCAGCUGUUGGACAAACACCAGAAGGAAAAGGGCCACUUUGCUUGCGAUCAAUGCAACAAUACGUACUUUGAUCCGGGAAGUCUGGAUCAUCGAGCUGAUCAGGAGCUCAACUGUCCCGGCUGCCACAAGACUUUCACUCGUGCUGGAGGCUGGAUCGCACACGUCGAGAACAACUUGUGUCCUCGGAUCCCUUCCAAGGACGUCGCAAGAUUGCGUGACAAGAUGCUGAAAAUGGGCCAGGCCUUGGAGUUCCAGAAUGCUUCCCAGGUCGAUUUUGCCGCGUACAAUGCGUACAAGAACGAUACCUGGGCACCCGCCGGGGCCUCAUCCACAACGGCCCGCUCCAGCGUCCACACCGCGACCCACCGACCCAACAUCAUGCCGAACGUGAACAAAGUUUACUUUCGCCCUGGACAGUUCCCCAAGAUUGAGGAAGAUGGCUAUACCCCGAGUGGUCCGGAGUUCCCGCCUUUGGGUGGCUCCAACCAGUCCAAGCAGCCGGACUUGCUUACUGGUGCGGGUACAGAUACCUACGAGCAGACGUCAGCCAACGCUUGGGGACAGAACAAGGUCCUCUUCCCGAAAGCCUAUGGUGCUGUCCCGCCCCCAUCUGCGUUCUCGGGCAACACCAGAGUACAGCCUGCUCGUCCUACUGGUCUUCGUCCUACUAGUCAGAGAAUCACGGAUCCCGACGAUCCCGGCUUCAACGCCGCAGUCUUCGAGGACCCUAUCCUCCACACGUUCAAGUGCCCGCACGGAUGCAAGACCAAGAUCAAGUCAGGCCGUGGACUCAUCACACAUCUCAAAUCCGAGGCUCAUUCCGAAACAGAGAUCACAUGCACCACGUGCAAUAAUGUGUUCAAGUCUGCCACAGCGUUGGUGCAGCACACCGAGGCGACUCAGAAGUGCCACGUUCGACAGACCCCAGACUUCCGAGGCCAGCUGAACCAGCUCACCGGUGGCGCCCUGGAUAUCGACGAGAAAACCCGUCUCAAGAACGACACCGUCAAGUUUCUUAUUGACAACAAGUUCGUCGAUUCUCUGCGAAACCCUACGUCGGGACCCAAGACCGGACUGGAGAUGGAGGAGAACGAGAAGAUCAAGGAGGCGGUCAAGAAGAAGCAGGAUUACUGGAAGCACCACGAGCCCGACUGGAACUGA